AUGUCGUUGGUGUUGGAAUCCAGGUACGGGGUUCAUCGGGAGUCGGAACGUGUCGCGGCCGAGAGAGUCGGCGGCGCGAUGAUGGCGCGAUUCUGCCACGACGCACCUCAGUCUUUCCGCCUCGCACGAGAGACUGAGACGUUCGUUAUUCUCUCUUACUCUAGAACCAGGCCUGUGAGCACGACCACCAUCGUGUUGGACUUCGUAUACCGCAACAAUGUCGGCCCCGGCGUCUAUCUGUCCAUACUCGGUGGAAAUAAUCCUAGUCAUAAUAAAGUUAGCGUUCAGCGGUCCCGCGCGUCAAUGGGAAGCUUUAUGGCUACCGAGGCCAUCAAUGUCACCUGCGAAGCUACGUGCCCCUUCGCAUUCGACAUCAUCCUCGCUGCCCAUCGCCCACUCAUGUAUCCAUUCGAGCGAACACCAUCGCCCUCCUCUUCCGUGGUCCACAACGACAUCACGCUGGAACUUAGACUCGAGGACCCCGCGAUCAACCUCGAGGUCCUCUUGUUGGCCUGGGAAGAGCUGCAUCCGUACAGCGUGGAGGCCGUAACCGCGCGUUGCCAAGAUAUGUUCGAGUUCGCUACCUCUCAUCAUUGCAUGGUGUUCGCUGCCAUACAACUCAAAAUCACCAAGCCAAUAGAGAGCACCGCAGACGGCGAGGAACUAGGUCGUAAAAGGCCCACACCUAUCCCUGAGCCCGUCGAGGAGGUAGAAAUGACGAUCGAGACGAUUGGCAUCCUCUACCUCUGCACGACCGAGAUGCAGCGCGAGUACAAUGUCGGGCUCUCCCUUCUGGCCCCAUGGCGCAACCUCGGCCACGCCUCUCAAGCGCUCACCGCCGCGCUCACUUAUGCCUUCACAAUCCUGUUGGCGCAUCGCGUACAGGCGCUCAUCAUGGACGGACCAUGCAGCGACGCAGCUCGCAGCACCUUCACCUGCCUCGGCUUCACCUGCGAAGGCACGCGCCGCCGCGCGGUCGUCAGCCCGGCCGAGGCCGGCUACCGCGAUGUUGUCGCGAUGGCCAUGCUCGACACUGAAUGGCACGUGCGCGAAGAGGGCGCGCACGGGCCACGCAGCGUAUGGGACGAGAUGUUCGUGCGACAUCAUCGCGAACAGGAGGACCUCCUGCAGUGGGAGGAGCGCCACAGGAGGCUGCGGCGCACCGCGAGCCAGGAGACGAUCCGCGAGGGGGACGUUGAGCUCGCCUUCACGUCCGGCGCGCCGUCGCCCUCCGCCUCUUCCAUUGAUCUCACUCACGAUGCCCAUCCGUGUGUAGAUCCCACGGCCCCUGCCCAUCCGCGUGUAGAUCCCACGGCCCCACUCGCAGACUCGGACGCAGACUCGGAGGGCCCGAUCAGUGUGCCUUCGUCGCCUGUCUCGGCGUCGUCGACGGCGUCGUGGAGCGACCUGGACGUGUCCUCGGCACCGCGCCCAGCGCGAAACAGCAAGCGAAGGAAGGGGAAGGGGAAGGGGAAGGCGCGUGGGUCUGCGAACACUGCUGGCACGCGUGCGCCGCCCCAGAAGGAUGAGUACGCGUCGGACACGAGCGCUUCGAGCUGGGACGUGAUUUGA